AAGGCAGGUGUUGGUUGGGGGGAAGAGGAGAGGGAGGCUACGCGAAGGAUAUAACCCUCGCGUCCCUCUCAGUACGGGAUGGUACUGCUGGACAAAGUCAAUGAAUUGUUACUCGCAGUUGCUUUGCGAAAAUCCAUUUUUUUAUCCUGCGUAUCCCAAAGUGUUUUUAUUUGAUAUUUAGAUAUAUAUUGAUUCGCGAGGACCCUAAAUCAUCCCGAUUUUUUUUUAAUUGAACAGUUGCCUCUUCCAUGGAACUUUAUUGGCGGCACAGACAAUGAGUAUUGCAACAGUUUCACGCUUGGUGCUAUUGUUACAAAUUGCGAAUCCAUAGGGCUCAUUGAAAUUUGGGACCAAUUUGAUAAAAAAGCUAUUUUUUAAUAUUAGGUGAAUAAUCCUUCAUGAUCAAGAAAUUGUUCAUUUUGUAGAUUCAGUAUUAAUUAUUGAGCUACCUUGAUUCUAUGGAGUAAUGUUGAAAUUCCAGGAAGCAAUUAAGCAUGGUACAUCAUUUACACCUAUUUCUAUCCACUCAAAAACACUGAUUGCAGGAAGAUACAAUAUUUAUCAAAAACUUGGAUGUGGAAGUUUUGGAACAGUUUAUCUGAUUUCUGACAAGAAAACAAAAGAGGAAGAACAGUUGAAAGUUUUGAAAGAAAUCUCUGUGGGGAGUCUUAAGCCCAAUGAAACAGUUGAAGCAAAUUUGGAAGCACAAUUGUUGUCCAGGCUAGACCAUCCAGCCAUUGUUAAAUUCUAUACAAGUUUUGUUGAAGGAGGCAGUUUUUGCAUCAUUACUGAAUACUGUGAGGGUCGAGACCUUGACUUUAAAAUUCAAGAGUACAAAAGAAGUGGCAAAGUAUUUCCUGAAAGUCAAAUAGUGGAAUGGUUUAUACAGUUAUUACUAGGAGUAAACUAUCUACAUGAAAGGCGAAUACUUCAUCGAGAUUUGAAGGCUAAAAAUAUUUUUUUGAAAAAUAAUCUGGUUAAAAUUGGGGACUUUGGAGUUUCUCGCCUCUUGAUGGGAUCCUGCGAUUUAGCAACUACCUUUAUUGGGACACCUUUCUACAUGAGCCCAGAGGCAUUACAACACCAUGGUUAUGAUACAAAAUCAGACAUUUGGUCACUUGGAUGCAUUUUGUAUGAGAUGUGUUGUUUGAGUCACGCAUUUACUGGUCAUAGUUUUUUGUCCAUUGUUUUGAAAAUUGUAGAGAGCAAAACACCUUCUCUUCCAGACAAUUUUCCAAGAGAACUUGAUGCUAUCCUGCAUAGUAUGCUGAAUAAGAACCCUUCACUGAGGCCAUCAGCUGCAGAGAUUUUAAGAAGCUCAUACAUUGAUGAUCAAUUACAGAUUAUGAAAUAUAAGCACACAAAUGUGAUUACAAAGGAUUGGAAGUUUAAUUCUCAGGAAGAAGCUGAUCAUAUAAUAAGUGCUGUACAGAAAAAGGUACAUCUCCAAACUCUGAGGGCCAUAUCUGAAGUGCAGAAAAUGACACCACGUGAACGGAUGCGAUUGCGGAAAUUAAAUUUAGCUGAUCAAACAGCACAAAAGCUAAAACAGUUGGCUGAAGAAAAAUAUCAAGAAAAUCUUAAAAGAAUGCAAGAACUUAGAUCCCGUAAUUUUCACCAAAUUAAUAUAGAUGUACUUCAUGAAACUGAUCAAGACCGUUCAGAACACAUUAAAUCCCAGCCUGUCAUUGCACUGGACUAUUUUUCCAUAGGAUGCAGUAACGAAAGGAACAGUGAUACAGUAGCCAGACUGCGUGAAUCUGAUCCAACAGAGCAUGAGAUCCCAGAGGAUCCUCUUACUGCAGAAGAAUAUUAUAAUGAUACAUUUGAUUCCUGCUCAGAAACAAGUGAAGAAGCGGAUAAGGAACAGGAAGAAAUGAAUGCAUCACAGACAGACAGUGAUGUUGAAGCAAUGGUCAGAUACAUGGAGAACAUCAUAGAUACCAAUUCUGGAGGAACUAGAAGUUUCACUGAAGUGCCUCCUUUGGGAUCUGUGAGAUUGAGAGCUCUCAAUAAUACCAUGGCAACAACCAAGCUGAGACAUAUGAAGGAGACAGCCAUUCAAAAAUUGGGAGCAGAAAUUUUUGAAAAAGUAUAUGAAUUCCUCCAACAAGCAAGACAAAGGAAUGCAAGUGAAGAUGAAGUUAAAGAAUACCUUGGAAAAUUGGUAUCUCGGGCAAGUGACUGCUUUGAGGUAGAUCAGCUUCUUUAUUUUGAAGACCAGCUACAAGUCUCAGAAGAUAUUUUGGUGAGAUAGUGUAUCUGAGAAUGAAUUUUCUUGUAUUAUCUGAAACCACUAGAUUCAGUAGUUUUAAUUAGAAAUAAAUGCAUUGUAUGAUUAAUGAAUAACAUAGAAAUACUCUUUGGAAAAAGUGAUGCUAUAGAAUUACGUUUUUAUAUAAAAUCAAAAACAUUCUCUAAGUUCAAAUGAAGUUGGUGAGAACUUACAAAUUUCUAUACAACCAGUGUUGAUAUUUAGUUCUUAUUAUUUUUUUUUCUUUAACAAUUCCUACAUUAUUUUUUAUUUUAUUUUGCAUGGCUGAUUCCUUCAAAUGAAGAAAUAGCAUUCAGUAAUCUGAGUUUUGGCUGUGUUUCUAUAAGGGAGCAGUACAGGAAGUGGAAGGAUGGAGGAAAAAUAAAACAUUUUAUAAUUUUCAUCAUGCAAAGUGAGUGAACAGUUCGAUUAAUUGCAAUUAAUUGGAUUUCAGUUGUUAUAUACCUAGCAAACAUUUUCACUGUGGAAAAAGGGCUUUGAGAGUGAGGAUAAUUUUUUUCCUACUCCCACGACUUUGCAGCCUAUCUGCCUUUCUGCUGCUUACAAUGCAAAUAAAUAAAGUUCCUUGUAUUGAUGAUCUUUCCUUGUACUGAUGUCUUCAAACAAACAAAUCAUACCUAAAUAUGUGAAGAAAUUACAUUAAGUGUCUUCAGUCAAGGUUAACCCCUGGUAAUUUCAUGAACAUAGCCAUAUAUAUCCUUCUAGGCAAUGUUUUAGAAAUGGUUAGCUAUUGUUUUCUUCUUGGUCUAGCCUACAACCUUAUAUUCCCUGAUAGUCUCUCAUCCACUUUCUGUGUAGAUCCAACUCUGCUUAACUUUCAAGCCCAAAUAAGGUUAGCCAGGAUGUGCAAGCUGCUGAGGCAUGUAGAAAAAAGAAAACUAAUUUAGAAUGACAGCAUGUCUUGAAUAGGUAUUUCUUACAAUCUAAAGUAGUUUUGUUCAUCACACAGCCAAACUGUGGAUAGUUUUUAAAUAAGUACAUGAAUAUUACUUUUUUCACAAUUAAUACAUAGCAAUGCUCAGCCUAAAUGUUAAAUUGUGCAUACUGUGCUAAAUUCCUUAUAUCUUCAAAAGAGUUACCCUUAAAAGCAUUGCUCCUGAAAGUUUCCUUAUAUGCUUUGAGAUCAUGUGAAAUAAACUUAAUUGCUGUAGACACUGAUAACCUAUUGUACCCUCCAGGAUCAUAUAGUUAUUUCAGAGACACAUUCAUCAAUUCCUGGAGCUUUGACAUUAUAAUGUAAACAAUAGAAUAUUAUUUGAGUGAAUAAUAUAUCUUGCAGCAUUCAAACUUUCUAAAAUGUACUGUUGAUAAUGUUUAUAGUUUCAAAAUCAUUUUCAAGCCAUUCACUAUGUUUUCUAGGAAUAAUAUCAGGAAUGCAAUAUUUAUUAACAUAUUGGAUGAAAUGACACCCCAUAAUACUGGUAUUGUGUGUGUUUGUAUGUAUAUAUGUAUCUGUGUAUGUAUCCGCUAUCCAACAUAAACUAAGACCUCAGAA